UAUGACCUAAUUAAAAAUUUCUUAUUAUAUAUACAUCACUCAUUCUAAAAGUUAAUAAAAAAACUUUUAUUGUUCCAUUUCACUCAAUAGUUCAUUUUUGUAACCAGAAUGGCGCGCAAAGUAUUCUAAUACUUUAAAUGGCGUAGCUGAAAGCCUGUAGUACACUUUUAUUUUGACUUAAUGAAUUAAUCGUUAUUUCAGCGGAAUAUAAAAUAAUAAUAACUACGGUCACAAAUAUUAUAAAAAUCCUCGGAUUUAAUAAAUAAUGUUAUUAAUUAAAAUACAUAAAUUUUCAGUUCAUACUGCGUAAAAUCCAUCAGUUUGAAUGGUAAUUCUUCAGUUGGUAGAAUGGAGUGGUGAAUAAUUUUGACAGUGCGUUGCAAGUUUCAGUAAAUAGAUAGUUGCUGUGCAGAUUAAUGAAACGUCGUGUUGAAAAAUAAAUGAGUUUGUUUAUGUUUCAAAGCAUGUGACAGGUUUUAAUAUUAUUCUAUAAUACAGACAGGAGAAGUAACGAUAUGACACGUGGCUACGCCAUUAAUUGUUCGAAUUUCUAAUUACAAAUAUUGUAUAUAAUUAAAAUGGAUGUAUCAAGUGAUUCAAGUUUAUAUAGGUUAGAAGGUACUGACAAAAAUCAGUCUGGAGGUUUGAUUAUCCGUAAGAAACCCUCUGAUCACACAUUCAAAAAGCCUCAGAUGUCCAUGUUGGGGCUUGAUAAGCUAGCAAAACGAAAGAGACAAGAAAAUGCACAAGAGCCAAACUCGUCAAGAUCAAUUUCACCAGAGUCUGAGAUUAAGGAGAGAAAAUAUAGAUCGUACGCCGAAGAAACACCAACUCAUACUGGUGGAGUAAAUUCUGAAGCCCAAAGAAGACUAGAAUCACGAUUGAAACAUCAGAGAUUAAGCGCGCAAGACAAACAUCACAGGCAUAGUCGUAGGGAUCAUAGCAGAGACAGUGAUUCUAGAAGAAGGGACAGAAGUAAAGACAGGGAUAGAGAAAGAGAAAGGAGUAGAAGCAGAGGUAGUGUUAGACAAACUCCCUUGAGAUUCAAAGAUGAACCACAAACACCAGUGUUUAAAACAAAGGAUCCUACGUCCAGAAGUAAUUGGGAUGAUGAUGAAGAUGAAGAACCAAGGAAGUCGAGUUGGGAUCAUCCAACGCCAAAUCUUUAUAACAGCAGAGAUGGCCGUGAAAGUACCAGGAGUGAAUUCACUCCUUCAUAUAAAUAUAAUUCCUGGAAUAAAGAUAAGGGCAGUGGCGCUACACCCAUGGUUGAUGGAGAAGAAAAAGAAUUGUGGGAAGAAGAGCAACAAAGAUUGGAUAGGGAAUGGUACGCCUUAGACGACGGGGAAAAUCAUGCGUUUGCCGAUGUUUCCGAGGAAUAUACGCGGAAGAAAGAGAUGGAGCUUGAAGCGAAAAGGCAGAAACGUCUCUCUGCGCAACAGAGACAAAUAAAUAAGGACAACGAAUUAUGGGAACGUAACAGAAUGUUAACAUCCGGUGUUGUAAGUUCAUUGGAUCAUGACGAUGAUCCGGAUGAUGAAGGGGAAACUAGAGUGCAUCUUUUAGUUCAUAAUGUCGUUCCACCGUUUCUGGAUGGUCGAAUCGUGUUCACCAAACAGCCAGAGCCUGUAGUACCUGUUCGUGAUCCUACGUCUGACAUGGCCCUCGUCGCGAGAAAGGGUUCAGCUUUAGUUCGAGCAUAUCGUGAACAGAAAGAACGACGUAGAGCUCAGAAGAAGCAUUGGGAAUUAGCUGGAACUCAUAUUGGCAAUAUUAUGGGCGUUCGCGACAGAAAUAAGGAAGAUAAGGAAGAUCCAGGACAAGAACACGAUUUCAAGGCUGGCCAGAAAUACGCUCGUCACAUAGGAGCCGACGAAGUCACCGGAGAAGCUAAAUACAGAUCCAUUCAAUAUCAAAGGAGGAGUCUACCUGUAUUCGCUGUACGUCAGGAACUGUUAAACGUUAUUAGGGAGAACAGCGUGGUAGUUAUAAUCGGAGAAACCGGUAGUGGAAAAACUACGCAAUUAACGCAGUACCUCCACGAGGACGGUUAUAGUCGCAACGGAAUAAUUGGGUGUACUCAACCUAGAAGAGUAGCAGCUAUGUCUGUAGCCAAGAGAGUCUCCGAUGAAAUGGCUACUACGUUAGGGGACAAAGUUGGUUACGCCAUUCGUUUCGAGGACUGUACUUCAAAAGAUACUGUUAUCAAGUAUAUGACCGAUGGUAUUUUAUUAAGAGAGAGUUUAAGGGAAGGAGACUUGGACCGAUACAGCGUCAUCAUUAUGGACGAAGCUCACGAGAGAUCCUUAUCCACUGACGUGUUAUUCGGCUUGCUCAGAGAAGUCGUUGCCAGGCGACACGACUUAAAGUUAAUCGUGACAUCCGCCACAAUGGACUCCAGCAAAUUCUCAGCGUUCUUCGGGAACGCUGCGACAUUUCAAAUCCCAGGUCGCACGUUCCCCGUUGAGAUACUGCACGCUAAGAAUUCAGUGGACGACUACGUGGACGCCGCUGUGAAGCAGGUGAUGCAGAUACACUUGCAGCCACGGUCCGGCGACAUAUUGGUAUUUAUGCCUGGCCAAGAGGACAUCGAAGUCACCUGUGAGGCACUGAAGGAGCGGCUGGCAGAAAUCGAGUCAGCUCCGUUACUCUCGAUCCUGCCGAUCUAUUCGCAGUUGCCCUCGGACUUGCAAGCUAAAAUCUUCCAGCGUUCAGAGGGUGGUCUACGGAAAUGCGUGGUAGCUACGAAUAUAGCGGAAACUUCGCUAACCGUGGACGGUAUCGUCUUCGUCGUCGACUCCGGAUACUGCAAAUUGAAGGUUUACAAUCCAAGGAUCGGUAUGGACGCUUUGCAGGUGUACCCUGUGUCCAGAGCCAACGCUGAUCAAAGAGCGGGAAGAGCCGGGCGUACCGGUCCCGGCACGUGCUACAGAUUAUACACGCGUAGACAAUACAUGGACGAAUUGCUUUUAACCGGAGUCCCAGAAAUACAACGGACCAACCUCGCGAACACAGUAUUACUGUUAAAAUCGUUAGGCGUGCAGGACUUGUUAGCGUUCCAUUUCAUGGAUCCUCCGCCUCAGGACAACAUCUUGAAUUCUUUGUAUCAAUUGUGGAUACUGGGUGCGCUUGACCAUACAGGCCGUCUAACCCCUCUGGGACGUCAAAUGGCGGAGUUUCCCUUGGAUCCUCCUCAGUGUCAGAUGCUGAUAGUUGCCUCUCAGCUUGGUUGCACCGCUGAUAUACUUAUUAUAGUUUCAAUGUUAUCGGUGCCGUCUAUAUUUUACCGGCCAAAGGGGCGCGAGGAGGAUUCCGAUUCGGCGAGAGAGAAGUUCCAAGUGCCGGAAUCCGAUCACUUGACGUAUUUAAACGUGUACAAUCAAUGGAAAGCGAACGGUUACUCCAGUUCAUGGUGCAACGACCAUUUCAUUCAUGCUAAGGCUAUGCGCAAAGUGAGAGAAGUGCGGCAGCAGCUCGAAGAGAUUUUGAAGCAACAGAAGAUGGAGGUCGUGAGCUGCGGCACUGACUGGGACAUCGUCAGGAAGUGCAUCUGUUCCGCGUACUUCCACCAAGCGGCACGGCUGAAGGGUAUCGGCGAAUAUGUUAAUUGCCGUACCGGGAUGCCUUGUCAUCUUCAUCCUACCUCCGCUUUGUUCGGAAUGGGAUUCACACCGGACUACGUGGUGUACCAUGAACUCGUUAUGACGGCUAAAGAGUACAUGCAGUGCGUCACCGCUGUCGAUGGACACUGGCUGGCAGAAUUGGGCCCUAUGUUCUUCAGCGUAAAGGAAACCGGAAGAAGCGGACGGGCAAAGAGGCGUAAAGCGAUGCAACAUUUGCACGAAAUGGAAGGGCAAAUGAAGGAGGCGGAAGAAGAGAUGAAAGCUAGAGCUCAGGAACAGCUUGAACGAGAGCAGGCUUCCAUUAGGAAGAAAGAAAUAUUGACUCCUGGAAUCAGAGAGCCGGGAACUCCGGCUCCUUACCGUAAAACUCCAGGCAGAUUAGGAUUAUAAUUUACCAUGUUGGAGCGUGUAAAUAUUGGAAACAAGAUAUUGUACAAAUUUAUAACGUUCUUCGGAAGGAAGUAUGCGAAUCAUCGCGUAUAGACUUACUAUUAUUUUAUUACUGUCUCUGUAU